AUGAGGAAUCCCCAAGCUGGACCAGCUAUCAAUGGGAGCCGUGCGAUGAAUAGGUCGCUACCCAGACCAGACACCAUCAAGACCGUCCAUGUCUAUGAUUUUGAUAACACACUGUUCAUGAGCCCGCUCCCGAAUACAAGAAUAUGGACCUCGCCCACACUUGGUCUUUUGCAGCAGCAAGAGUGCUUCAUGAGUGGAGGAUGGUGGCACGAUUCACGUUUCCUGGCUGCCACAGGCAAAGGUCUCUUGAUUGAAGAGGAUCUUGCAUGGGAAGGCUGGUGGAACGAACCAAUUGUCGAUCUUGUAGAGCUUUCAAGAAAACAAAAUGACGCUCUCACAAUUUUACUUACCGGCCGUUCAGUCAGCGGCUUUUCAGAUCUUAUCCAACGAAUGGUCGCAAGUAAAAGGCUGAAUUUCGACAUGAUUGCUCUCAAACCAGAAACUGGUCCAAAUUUGGAACAUAUCAGAAGCACAAUACUUUUCAAGUGUAUGUUCUUGGAAGAUGUUCUCAAUACAUACCACGGUGUCGAAGAGAUUAGGAGCCCUGGGGAGAAGCCGUUAGUCGCGGAAGUGAUCCAAGUUGCCGAAAUAGCUAAAACGCUGGACCCCGUAGCCGAGCUUACCAUUACGCAAAAAGUCAUUGACGAUCACAAUACCGCCUUGGAGCCAGGCGUUCCCCCCCUACAGAUCAAGAAGAAUGUCUUUUAUACAGGUUAUCUCCUAUCGCCGUCUACAACAUCAAACCUACUAAAAAAUCUACCUCUUGCCAACGAGCCGGGAAUGAAAUUUCUGGCCAAUAAUAUCCUUAUCACACCCAGGCCAGCAAAUCAACAAAUUCUUUCAAGAGUUGGAGGAAUAGGUAACAAAGUCGAUUUCGAUGUUUUUGAGUGGGGAUAUUGGGAAAAUAAAGUAUGGGCUGCGCGUGUAAGACCUUCUGAUCGUGAUAUACCGAUCUAUACUGAGAGUUCAACACCAAUCAUCGUUUUGGCUUUACGCGGCUGGGAUGCUAGACCCGCCGAUGCCCAAAAGAUCACAAACUGGCAGCCACUCCCCGAAGAUCAGGUGCUAAGGAUAAGCACAAUUGUCGGAGAAAAAUUGCUACUUCGAAUCGAGGAGAACACUCCAGAAGAUUUCAAAUAUAAAGCCGAUAGCUAUAGAUCAUUCCACCAUCAAUCAAGGCGUGGGGUACCCAGUCGCCACAGCGGUUCCAAUCGUAGCGGAAGGGGUCAUAGAGGUAAGGGACGGGGUGGGCGGGGUGGUGGGGGAGGCGGAAGGGGUCACCACGGAGGUUUCUCGCGGCCCUUUAAUGCCCAAGACAUGUCCUUUAUGACUGAACUCUACGAAUAA